GCUUCGUUCAAUGCCGCCCACGUCGCCGGCAGCAUUCUUCGGAACCUCCUCACCCAUGAGCUACACAGCAAAAGCUCAGAUGCGCUUGCAGGAAGACGCCUUGCGACUGGAGGCUGAGCAUGGACACCGCCACGAGCUGAGAGCUAUGGCUAUGGAGGUCAGCUCAGCCAAAGAGCUCAGUGAUAUCAUCGUAGUAUCCACGCGGCCCGGACAGCCAGGGACCAAAGCAAUCUUGGAGUGUACACCCCCAGAUAGCGACGACAGGGAGUCACAAGAAGACGAGACUGAGCAACCUGAGGAUCGACGGAAGACCUUGAUCACAGUGAACCUCAGCGCUCUUUCUAUGCCAGUGCAGGAUGAUGAUCCUUAUGAGGAUGAGGAGGAGGAAGACCAAGAGUCGGAUGAGCUUGUGGUGGUUGAAGACAAGCCUUAUAUUUCACACAAGCAAGCGCAGUCCGUGAGAUUGCUUGGGAUUUUAGAGAAUAUUGAGAGACGGGUCUGUUUUGCUCCUCGGGCCCCGCAUUUGACUUUGCCGCCAGGGGCGCCUGGCGCAAGCGAGCCUUCUCGGCCCAGGACUAGCCCUUUUUUGCCCUCAAGACCUGGAAGCAAGGAUGGCAAGACAAAGUGUCCCAAAGCUAUGCGGGCAGCGGCAUAUUAUUCUUCUCGUCCCACAACAGUGGGCACUGGGUCCGAUGCAGGCACGCGACCAGCUACAGUGGAUUCGAAGAAAAAUCAAACACCUGGAAUGACUCGAAUAACUUCACCUGUAAAACCUCAAUGGGACACAUCCUUCUACAGCAUGCAUCAGCGCCGCAUUCCAACCUAUGAUGCCCUCAUUGAUGAGAACUGUCCGGUUUUGAGCAGUCCCGAGCGAUUGAGGCACAUCAUCGAAACGCGAGAGUUGCCAGACGCGUACUUGCACAUUGUGAGAGCACGCUUUGAGCAACACCGGAAGUAUUUUGACAAGGA